CAGCUCCCGGCUUUCCUUGGCAGAUUCCGGCUCAAGCCUACCUUGACUACCAAACUCGAGCGUGGGCAAACUGAAAGGCUCGCUGGGCAGCGCCCGUGCACUUGGCUCUGACCCUGCCAGGCGCCAGGAGGGCGUGACGCGCGGCCCGCACGUCUCCUCCCCGUCCUUUGGCCUCCGAGAAGCGCGCAACGACUCCCACGUCCUCGGUUGAAUUCCGGUCGGUAAGGAACACGAGCCGGACCCCGGCGAGGCCAGGGGCUGACGGAGCGAUUGAACUCCUCUCUGGAACUUCUGAAUGUUUUUUACUAGUGGGAACAUUUUCUACACAGCAAAGCCGAUGGCUUAAUUUUGGCCAGUGCUGGUGUGGCUUUGGUUCUGCUAUGCUUCACGAGGCUUGAGUCCGAAGGAUACCGGGCUUUCUGUGAUGACAGUAUGACUCACAGUAAAGGAAGAUCUGUCACUCACAAGACAAGUGGCAGUCCAGAUACUGGAGGAGGCUUUGUAGACUGGACUUUAAAUUUAAACACAAUUCAGUCUGACAAGUUUUUAAACUUGCUUUUAAGCAUGGUGCCAGUCAUUUACCAGAAAAACCAGGAAGACAGGCAUAAAAAGGCAAAUGGCAUUUGGCAGGAAGGAUUGUCAGGUGCAGCGCAGACCUUCAGCAAGAGAUCAGAGCCACACCUGGACUACCAUGAGUUCUCGGAGCAGGCCCUGCACGGCAGCAGCGGGCACGCUCCAGCCAGCUGCAGCCCCAAGUAUGACGACUACGCCGGCUAUAACUACUGUGAUGAAAGGGAGGCUUCAGAAACCACCGCCAUGCUACAGGACGAAGAUCUGUCCAGUGAGGGCGAUGAUGUUAUUGUGGAAACAAACCAGAAGCUUCCGAGGGAGUCCAGUGGCAUCAUGGCUCUGCAGAUUCUCGUGCCAUUCUUGCUGGCUGGCUUUGGAACAGUUUCUGCCGGCAUGGUUUUGGACGUAGUACAGCACUGGGAGGUAUUCAAGAAUGUGACCGAAGUCUUCAUCUUAGUCCCUGCACUUCUUGGUCUCAAAGGGAACUUGGAAAUGACACUGGCUUCUCGAUUAUCCACUGCAGUAAAUGUUGGGAAGAUGGAUUCACCCAUUGAAAAGUGGAAUCUAAUCAUUGGUAACUUGGCAUUAAAGCAGGUCCAGGCCACAGUGGUUGGUUUUUUAGCGGCUGUGGCAGCGAUCAUACUGGGCUGGAUUCCAGAAGGGAAAUAUUACCUCAGCCAUUCCAUCCUUCUGUGCUCUAGCAGUGUGGCAACCGCCUUCAUUGCGUCGCUUCUGCAGGGAAUAAUAAUGGUUGGAGUUAUCGUUGGCUCAAAGAAGACAGGCAUAAACCCUGACAACGUGGCCACACCCAUUGCUGCUAGUUUUGGUGAUCUGAUAACUCUUGCCAUAUUAGCUUGGAUAAGUCAGGGCUUGUACUCCUGUCUUGAGACAUAUUAUUACAUUUCGCCAUUAGUUUGUGCCUUUUUCUUGGCCCUGACACCUAUCUGGAUUAUAAUAGCUGCCAAACACCCAGCUACCAGGACAGUGCUCCACUCAGGCUGGGAGCCCGUCAUAACAGCCAUGGUCAUAAGCAGCAUUGGGGGCCUUAUUCUGGACACAACUGUAUCUGACCCAAACUUGGUUGGGAUUGUUGUUUACACGCCAGUUAUUAACGGUAUCGGUGGCAAUUUGGUGGCCAUUCAGGCUAGCAGGAUUUCUACCUACCUCCAUUUGCAUAGCAUCCCUGGGGAACUGCCCGAAGAGCCCAAAGGUUGUUCCUAUCCAUUCAGGACAUUCUUUGGUUCAGGAGUGAACAACAAGUCUGCCCAAGUUCUCCUGCUCCUAGUGGUUCCGGGCCACUUGAUUUUCCUCUACACAAUUCACCUGAUGAAGAGUGGCCACACCUCUCUGACCGUCAUCUUUGUGGUUGUGUACCUGCUUGCUGCUGUGCUACAGGUGUUCACGUUGCUGUGGAUCGCCGACUGGAUGGUCCAUCGCUUCUGGAGGAAAGGGAAGGACCCGGACAGUUUCUCCAUCCCCUACCUAACGGCACUGGGUGACCUGCUUGGGACAGCUCUGCUGGCCUUAAGUUUCCAUUUUCUCUGGCUUAUUGGAGACCACGAUGGGGACGUUGGGGACUAAUGGGUCCUAGAAGCUGUUGCGGGGUCACCCAAGAGGAGAACACAAGGCAGUCCCCGCUGCCCUCUCCAAAGCUGUUGUGUGGCUUAUGCCAGGGUCGCCUGCGGUUCACCUGACUCCAUAAUGGCCUUAACGUACUUUUUAAGGAAUUUGUGCUGAAACCACAAUGAACGGUAUUUGUGCUGCUUUUUGUAGAAUAAAUAAUUUGACACAGACAUAGAUAUAAGCUCAUACUCUAAAGUUAAUUAGGAAAGAAUAUAGGAUGUGUACAAUGAAUAAUUUUGAAACCACAGAGCUAGCAGAAAUAUACUUUAUUAUUAAGUUAUAGUGCAAGGUGAGAGGCAAGGGAGCCUUAGCCUUCUUUGUCUUACAGCUGUAUCACUGCAGCGGAUGUUGUGAUGGGAAAGGGACCAGCCGAGGUCCCUAAGUGUUAAUUAUACCCUCCUCUGCGGGAGCAAGGCUGCCAAUCACUUAUUCCUAAACUGACCAAUUCCUUCUGCUGAGCACGUGGCAAACUGACUUGUGCUCGUGUGUAGGACGGUCCUGUGCCAAUGUUCAUUUUAUUUCAGUUCUCAACAGGUGAUGCUUUAAGAGAAGGGGCUCGACAUGCCACCCCCCACAGGACUUCAGUUUGCAGGCCUCUUGCUCUGGUUCCCUCCUCCUGACUCUAAAAGCAAUGGGCCGUUUUGUUCAUUUGGAAAAUGUUGAUCUGAUUUAGAAAAUGGUCAUCAGAGCAGAAAAUCAGUUGAGCUGUAUUUGUGGCACAGGAUGGGGUGUGUGUGUGUGUGUGUGUGUGUGUGUGUGUGUGAACAUGUGUGUAUGCGUAUGUUUGAGAGUGUGAGCAUGUAUAAGCAUAUGUGAGUGUAUGUGUGUUCGUGUGUGCAUG